GAGGAGGAAAGAGCCAGCCUGUGCCGGGAAGGCGGCCAGAGCUUGAGGGGGAGCUCUGACCUGGUGGUCCCUGAGCAGCCUCCCAGCAGGGUGAAGCCAUUCAAGUGUUUAGAAUGUGGGAAGAGCUUCAGGAAGAGCACUGCCCUCCUCAGCCACCAGCACAUCCACACUGGGGAACGUCCCUACACAUGUAGGGAAUGUGGGAAGAGCUUCAGUGACAGGUCCACCCUCAGCACCCACCAGCACAUCCACACUGGGGAACGGCCCUACCCGUGUGGGGAAUGUGGGAAGAGCUUCAGUGACAGCUCUACCCUCCGCACCCACCAGCACAUCCACACUGGGGAACGGCCCUACAGGUGUAGGGAAUGUGGGAAGAGCUUCAGGCGGAGCUCCAACCUUCACACGCACCAGCGCAUCCACACUGGGGAACGGCCCUACAUGUGUAGGGAAUGUGGGAAGAGCUUCAGGGAUCGCUCCAACCUCCGCACCCACCAGCACAUCCACACUGGGGAACGGCCCUACACGUGUGGGGAAUGUGGGAAGAGCUUCAGCCAGAGGUCCCACCUCCACACCCACCAGCUCAUCCACACCGGGGAACGGCCCUACAAGUGCUUGGAAUGUGGGAAGAGGUUUCACAGCAGCUCCAAUGUCCUGAAGCACCAGCAGACGCACACGGAUGAGAGGCCCUUCCGCUGCACCGACUGUGGGAAGGGCUUCAACCGGAACGGCAACCUCGUCACCCACCGGCGCAUCCACACUGGAGAGAGGCCCUACAAGUGUGGGGAGUGUGGGAAGAGCUUCACCUGGAGCUCUAAUUUGGCCAAACACCAACGGACCCACCGGUAAGGGGGAACAAUUGCUUUAGUGUAGAGCACUGUCCUAUCUUAUGUUGUACUACUGAUAGUUUUAGUGUGUAUUUUGUGCAGUAAAUAAUUUUGAUGAAGAUCUUUUGUCUGAUCAUUUGUAACCCUAAAUAAUUCAUUUGUAUCAAUAGAUCUGACUUGCCAUGAUUAAAACCUGGGAAACAAAAGUGGUUCAGUCACACCUCUGUAAUUCCCCUAAACUUAAAAUGUUGGCAUGAUCGAAGGCUGAGAUUGGAUCCAGCAGCCCCCAGCACCCCACAGGAAGUUGGGAGCUCAGGGGGACCACCCCCCUUUGCCAACCCCCCUGUGCCCAAAGACCCCUAUGGGACCAUCAGACCGGUCAGACCACCCCCCCUUUUCCACCCUUCUCCCUAUUUCUCCCACUU